AUGCCUCAGUCAACUUUCAAAUCCUUUCACAGCCUAAGUGUUGAGCAUCCCGACUUUGCUACACACCCACGAUUCUGGACUUCGCACCAUCUUUCCGUCGUAAAGUGCAGCUUCCAGCAGGUCGAAAGCGAGAAUGCACAUGAGCCUGUGAUUCUUGACACCAAACAAGCCGAAGACAUGGCGGAAUGGGCUUUGGCCCUCGCUCGCGACAAGUUCGCGGAAAGGAAGGGCUACAAGGUCGACGCCCUUCUCUGUAAUAAUGAGCCCACCCCCAUAACAUAUACCGACUAUUGGCUCACCUUUCACUAUGGCCAAUGUAUCAUUCGCCUGUACAAUUCCUAG